AUGAAAUUGUCUUUAAAGCUUUUAUUUCCGACUAUCAAUAAUAUUAUCAACACCUGUAUAGAUCAAGUCACGAAAAUAUUCCUCUCAAUGGCUUUGUGUCAUUUUGCUUGGUACAAACUACCAUUAUUCGCCGUUAUACACGCAUUAUUCUGGCUGCCAACCACGUAUCUGAUCGCGAUUUCCAAUGACCAUAUUUCACCAGUCGUACCAUAUGUAAGCGCACUUGGUAUCUAUCCACCGGAAAAAUACAUGUUCAUGGUUCUAAUGUCAAGUUAUGGAAUAAUGGCUACUUUGAGUCAAUGGAUUUGGUGUUGGAAAGCUGGAGUUCAAAUAAGAAAAAUGAGAAGAUCCAUAAUACUUCAUUUUGUACGUGUAGUUGUUGUGGUAUUUAUGACGAUAGCUGGGAUGUGUAUAGUCGGACUUUCUUUUAUUAACACAAAAGAGAACAAUGCUGAACAUUAUCAUUUGACUUUAUUGAAUUUUAUUUGUCAUGUUAUUGCAAUUCCUUGUGGAGCAGUUGUAAUCGCUUGUAUUUCAAACAAAUGGAUAUUAUAUUGUUUUGGAAGACUAUUUGUUGUUAUUCAAAUGGUACUGGCAUCUGCUUCAUUUGUACAUUUCAAUAUGAUUGGACUUAAAGUUUUAAGAGCGAAAGAUUUCUUCUAUAUUAAACCUUAUGAAUCGGGUUAUAUUGAAUUUGUAUGGAGUGCAGUAAGCGAAUGCUUUGGAACUUCGAGAUUUUCAAAAAUCGGUUAUGAAUUUACAAAGAAGUUCGAAUUUAAAUGUGUAGUCGGUUUAAAAGGAAAAGAUCCAAAAUACAUUCUGUAUCAGGAAAUCAAUUGGAUUGUAUCAAGUUGGAAAAUGGUCUGGUUCAAAUUCUAUCCAUCUCAAUUACCCAUAUUCGCAGUGUGUUAUGCAUUGUUCUUGUUACCCAUAUUGUAUCUUGUAGCGAUAUCACAAGAUCAUGCACAACCAUUUGUUCCAUUUUUGAGUUCUCUUGGUAUACACCCACCAGAAAAAUACUUGUUUACGAUUAUUAUGGGUUCAUAUGGAAUAAUGACAACUGUCAGUCAAUGGUUUUGGUCAUCUAUGAUGAGAAAGAAAUUUAAAAAAGGAAUACAUUCGAGAGUCUGCAAAUUUAUUGCACUGCUUUAUACCAUAUCAGGAAUUUGCAUUGUUCUGCUGUCUAUCUUUGAUAUGAAAGAUACCAAUCAAUUACACUAUCGUUUAACUAUGGUCAAUUUUUUUUGCCAAGUAACCGCGGUGCUAUUGGGUUCAGCACUUGUUUUUUGGGUUUAUCGUCCGAUGAAAUGGUUUCUGAUUGCUAGGAUUAUUGUCAUACUUCAGUUAUUUCUCGGAUUGUAUUUCUUUGUUUAUUUCAAUCGCGCUGCACUGUUAGUGUUUGAUGGGGAGAACAUCUACUACAUAAGGGAACAUGAACCGGGUUACACAGAAUUCAAUAAAUGUGCAAUCAGUGAGUGGUUCUGUAUAUUCGGUCUUAUAGAAAUCACUUUGAUAACUGGUUUGGAACUACGGAAACAUGAAGAAAGUGUUACAAAAAGACAAGCAGGUUAUUUGAUAUAG